GUAAAACUUAGUGUUGUAUCGAAUCGCUUCAUUACGGAAACACGCUGAUGACGACGGUUAUUCGCUGUAUACCGGAAUAGUGUAUAUAUUCUAUGUACGGACUCUUGACAAGACUGUAUACCUACGGAAGUCAUCCUUGCUGACUUGACACGUGUGCUUGGACAAACUGUUCUGCGUCAUACAGUGAACAUUUUUUCACCCGAGGUGUCAUAAACACAGAUCUACAAGAUGGCCAAACCAGCAGAUCACGUCAAACGUCCGAUGAACGCGUUCAUGGUGUGGUCCCGUGGACAGCGACGUAAGAUGGCACAGGAGAACCCCAAAAUGCAUAACUCUGAGAUUAGUAAACGACUCGGCGGUGAGUGGAAGUUGCUGUCAGAGGCCGAGAAGCGACCAUUUAUUGACGAGGCCAAGCGACUCCGCGCUUUACACAUGAAAGAACACCCCGAUUACAAAUACAGACCAAGACGCAAACCGAAGUCGAUCAUGAAAAAGGAUAGGUAUGCGUUUCCUAUACCAUGUUUGCCGACGACAAACCAUCUUGCCGUCACGUCCACCGCCAGUGACAUGUUUCAUGCGGUGGAGAAAGCCCGAUCGUUCUUACCAACCUCGUCGCCGUAUUCUAUGUUAGAAAGCGUUGUUGCCAACAGUAAAUUGGACGCGGGCAAUUCACUAUCAGCGGCGAACCACCACCAACUUUACUCAUCGUUAUACCCAACGUUACCUGGAAGUGCUUUCGGAGCGGCGUCGAUACCAAAUCCCCACACGCAUACACAUACACAUACCGCGCCUGGUAUGCAUGGACAACAGUAUAUGGUGCCUUGCAAUUGUUGGCAACCAGCUCAGGACCCACUCCGACGCCCUGUUGCAUAUAUUUUGGUUAAACCCGAGGAACACUACGCGGCGACACACCCAAGUCACCCAACGCAUCCACCACCUCCACCGCCGACGGCACACAUGUAAAAUGUGCGUGUUAUUAAAACGAAAAACUUUCUCCAAAGACUUUAAAACAAUAUUUCUUUUCAACUUUUUGCUAUUUUGCCAUUCUGAUAUUUCUAUCGGCUGGGCAUUUUCGUCACUUCUAGCGUUUGUAUAUAUAGACGUGGGACAGACUCGUUGCGAGAUCCCCCAAAAAUGUUGUUUAUUGCAGAAAACCCGUCAACAAUUCGUUGGCUGAUGUUAGUUGUACAUUAAGGUAGCGUUGAAAUACUUCUAUAUAUCUUAAAGAUAAUGUUAUUGUUGAAUUGUGUAACCCUGCCCUUCACCGAGGAACUGAGACACCUUUUGUCCAAUAUGUUGGCAUAUUGUGUAUUUUUUGUUGCGUUUCAUUUGACCAGACAGGCUGAGGGGUAAAGUCGAUCGAUUUAAUAAGAUUUUUUUUCGCUGUGUUUAUAAUAACGCAACAUUGACUAUAAUGCUGCCUUGUGUUGAAACGACAAAUAUUGAAAUAAAUUCUAACAUUUAUGUGUUUCAAUAAUUAAUUGUAAAAUUAAGACUUAUUUUUGUUAAAAAAAAUAUAAUGUAAUUGACGUGAACUAGUGUUCAAAAACGAGAACUGUUUUUGUUUGUAUUUUAGUUCUAUUUAAGAAAAAAGGCUAUUAUUUCCGUUUUAUGUCAAAUGUUUAUGAUACUGUUCAGUUCUUGAACACAGUGAAGUAAAACUAAUGCAAAAUGAGACG